GGCUAGCAGGCCAAACAUAGUUUGACAUCACUCGAUGUCAGAAACACACUAAUAAGAACAAUCGGGUCGGAAAAUUUAAUAAAAAAAACAAAAUGAAACUAGCUCUCAUCGCAUUCGCCCUAGUGGCAGUAGCCAACGCUGAAUACAGUGACAACACGAUGGACAUCGCGCUAAGUUUCGUGAAGGAUUGCAAAGGAGACUACAUCCUAUGUGUGAAGGAAAAGAUGCUUCGUAUCGUGGACAACCUACGGUCGUCGAGGAGCAUCGUGAUCGCUGACGGUGUGGUCUUCAAGGGAGAGACUGAGAGAGCUGGCAAGAAGCUGGAUGCUUUGCCGGUGGACCCUACGGCUCGCGAUGCCGAGGUCAACUACCGACUCAUGGAUGGAGUCGUCAGCCUGUUCGAGACCCACGCUCUGGAGGUCAAGAUGAACCCGGCUGAUAAAGAAACCAUUCAGAGGUCUCUUGAGGAAGGUCGUGGCAAGAAGAAGGGACAAGGCAUGGGCGCUCUGAUCGGUCUACUUGGAGCUAAGAUGCUCUUCGGAAAACUGUUCAUCGUCAAACUGAUCGCCCUCAAGGCUUUGGCUACGGCAAAGAUCGCCCUCGUCUUAGCCGUCAUUCUUUUCGUUGCCUGGUGUCUGAAGCACGACCACACUAAGACGACGUAUGAAGUCAUCCCUCAUGGACACCACCACGAGUCUCACCACCCAGUGCAUGUGGAACAUGUGGCCCACAGCGUGGGUCACGAUCAUGGCUACUCGGGUUACGGAGGCGGCGACUGGAACAAGAACCUCGACGAAGCACAAAACCUUGCCUACAGCGCUUACUCCGGACACAGCAAGUAAAUGAAAUACCAAAAACGACGCGGCUAGAAAUAUUUGCUCCACCGACUUGACCUCUGUUGUACAUAGACUUCUUAAUUUAUUUUAUUUAUAAUAAUUUAUUGAACUAGCAUAAUUGAAGAGAUUAAAUAAAGAAUCGAAUUGAA